CCGCGCCUCGGCGGGGGCUGCAGGCGGAGGGGGCGGCUGGGGACCCCCGGGGGGCGCCGGUCCGGCCCCGCUGCCGGGAGGGGGAGUCAGUCCUGCAGCACCCAGGGGGUGCUCCCCUCGCUGCCAAGCUGGGCAGGGCUGGGGGGGGGGUCAGGGCUGCGGUGGGAGCCCCCCGGUCCCUUCCCCUCGGAGCAGGGGUGCGCGGUGCCGCAGUUAUCGGUGCCGGGGCUUGACCAUCCUGCCGGCGACAUCACCGUCCCCAUCCCUACAGCGGCGUCCGGGACACCCGGGUCCCCCGGCAGUGGCUCCCACCGCCCGGGCUGUGACGGCCGAGCUCGGACCCCCAGCCCCGCAGCGCAGACAGGAGGGGGGGCUUGGCCCAGCCCCCUCUGCUCGCCAGCCAUGGGCAGCCACGAGAAGGACCCGUCCUCUCCGAAAAGGGCCCUGUCGCGUUCCAACAGCACCGUGUCUUCCAAGCACAGCAGCAUUCAGCAGGGCUCGGAGAGCUGGGAGGUGGUGGAGGAGCCGCGCGCACGGGGCAGCCCGGGCCAGCAGCCGCAGCGGCACGAGGGCUACCUGCUCAAGAAGAGGAAAUGGCCCCUGAAGGGCUGGCACAAGAGGUACUUUGUGCUGGAAAACGGCAUCCUGAAAUAUGCCACCACGCGCCAGGACGUCCUCAAGGGCAAACUGCACGGAGCCAUCGACAUCCGUCAGUCCGUCAUGUCCAUCAACAAGAAGGCGCAGCGGGUCGACCUGGACACGGAGGAGAACAUUUACCACCUCAAGAUCAAGUCCCCGGAGCUCUUUGCCAGCUGGGUGAGCAGCCUCUGCUCCCAUCACCAGGGCGAGGGGCCCAAGCCCGGCCCCCGGGGGUGUCCCGUGGGGCGGACCCCCACCAACGCGCAGGGCCCGUGGACGCGGAUCCUGCCCUCGGGCAGUGCCCCUGCCCUCUCCACCCUCGCCAGCUCCCGCGACAAGGUGAACGCCUGGCUGAAGGACAGUGAGGGGCUGGAGCGCUGCUCGGCCGAGCUGUCGGAGUGCCAGGCGAAGCUGCAGGAGCUGACGGGCAUGUUGCAGAGCCUGGAGGCCCUGCACCGCAUCCCCUCAGCCCCCCUCAUCUCCGGCAGCCAGCCCUCGGCUACCGCGGAGAGGCCCAAGAAAGGCAGGAGGAGCACCAAGAUCUGGUGCACCCAGAGCUUCGCCAAGGAUGACACCAUCGGCCGGGUGGGCCGCCUGCACGGCUCCGUCCCCAACCUCUCACGCUACCUGGAGCCGUCCCAGAGCCAGCUGCCCUUCAGCCUCCCCCCCGAGUACAGCCAGCUGCAGCGGAGCUUCUGGGUCCUGGCCCAGAAAGUGCAUGGCUCGCUCAGCAGCGUGGUGGCCGCGCUGAUGGCCGAGAGGGCCCGUCUGGAGGAGAUGCGGCAAGCGCUGGAUCGCCGGCGCUCGGCCCCGCGCCCGGGGCGGGUCGGCAACACCGGGGCCGCCUUGCGCCGCUUCCACUCCCUCUCCGUCUCCUCCGACACCACCCUGGAUUCCUUCGCCUCGCUGCAUCCUGACGAGCCGGACGCGUUGCCGGCCAAGGGCCGGGAGCAGCAGCUCUCCAACCGCAGCAUCGUCUCGCUGGCCGACUCGCACACCGAGUUCUUCGACGCUUGCGAGGUCUUCCUCUCCGCCAGCUCCUCGGAGAAUGAGCCCUCGGACGACGAGUCGUGCAUCAGCGAGGCCACCACCAGCGCCUGCGAGGACACGGCCGAGCCGGGGGGGCCGGGCCGCCCCCCGACAGGAGCGGAGGGUCCGGGGCUGCCCGUGGAACCGGCGCCGCUGGAGCUGCCGGGGCCGGACCCGCGGCGGCGGAGCUGCCUGCCCGCCCCCCCGGCGCCCCCGGGGGACGUGAGCCUGUGGGGGCUGCUGCGGAGCAGCGUGGGCAAGGACCUGUCGCGGGUGGCGCUGCCCGUGCACCUCAACGAGCCGCUCAACACGCUGCAGCGGCUCUGCGAGGAGCUGGAGUACAGCGCGCUGCUGGACCGCGCCAGCCGCGCCCGCGACCCCCGCCAGCGACUGGUCUACGUGGCCGCCUUCGCCGUGUCCGCCUACGCCUCCACCUACUACCGGGCGGGCAGCAAACCCUUCAACCCGGUGCUGGGCGAGACCUACGAGUGCGUGCGGCCCGACCGCGGCUUCCGCUUCAUCAGCGAGCAGGUGUGCCACCACCCACCCAUCUCCGCCUGCCACGCCGAGUCUGACAACUUCAUCUUCUGGCAAGACAUGAGGUGGAAGAACAAAUUUUGGGGCAAGUCCCUGGAGAUCGUCCCCGUGGGCACAGUCAACGUCCAGCUGCCCAGGACCGGGGACCACUUCGAGUGGAACAAGGUGACGACCUGCAUCCACAACGUCCUCAGCGGCCCCCGCUGGAUCGAGCACUACGGGGAGGUGCUGAUCCGCAACACCCGCGACGCCUCCUACCACUGCAAGAUCACCUUCUGCAAGGCGCGGUACUGGGGCGCGGGGGCCAACGAGGUGCAGGGGGCCGUGCUGAGCCGCAGCGGGACGGUGGUGGAGCGUCUGGCCGGCAAGUGGCACGAGGGGCUGCACCGUGGGCCCCCCCCGGGCCAGUGCAUCUGGAGAGCCAACCCCAUGCCCCGCGACCACGAGAGGAAUUACGGCUUCACCCAGUUCGCCCUGGAGCUGAACGAGCUCACGCCCGAGCUGCGGCGCGUCCUGCCCUCCACCGACACCCGCCUGCGCCCCGACCAGCGGUACCUGGAGGAAGGCAACGUGCCGGCGGCCGAGACGCAGAAGCGGCAGAUCGAGCAGCUGCAGCGCGACCGGCGCCGGGUCAUGGAGGAGAACAACAUCACCCACCAGGCUCGCUUCUUCAGGCGGCUGACGGACGCCAACGGCAAGGAGUCGUGGGUGACCAACAACACCUACUGGAAGCUGCGCCUGGACCCCGGCUUCGCCCACCUGGACAGUGCCGUUCUCUGGUAGCGACUCCCCCCCGUGGGGUGCUGAGGCCCCCCCCCAGCUCAUCACAGCAGUGGUGGAUGGCAGUGGGGCUGGUCCCCCCAGCCCUGGCGGUGCAAUGCCCCCCCCUCAGCCGUUUUGCCGGUGUUUAAGGAAAACUGUGAUACAAAAGCGGGGGGCACAGGCAGUGCCUCCCCCCCACCCCCCCCGACCUGGGGCAGAGCCCUGGGGGCACAGGACGCCUGGGUUCCUGGCUCACUAUGGGGAGGCACCGGGGGUCCCGGGGUGCCCGCGGGCGGGCAGACCCCCCCAGCCCCCCAAGCUGUGCGCGGGGGCUGCUCUAAUAAA